CUAAUGGCUAUUUUACCAUUCUUGGAGAUUUGGUUAAAUGUAAAAAUUCUGACAAAUCAACUUGCUUGUCUUCAGUCACCUUAAAGCAUCUAAAUCACACGAUUGACGUCAAAGACAACAAAGACGUUUUUUACAACAGCUUUUCCCCUAAACUUCCUCUUUUCAUGGAUGACAUCGCAAUCUUCAAACCAUCGUCGUUCUUUAUCAUAAUUCACACCAGCUUUGGGCUUGAUAUUGAAAUUCAGCUUGUGCCUGUUAUGCAGAUCUACAUCAAAGCAGAUGUGUCCUUUAAAGAAAAACUCAAGGGUCUUUGUGGAGAUUUCAAUGAUGUUGAGGCUGAUGACUUUAGAACCUCAAAUGGAAUAGUUGAGGGAACCGCAGUGACAUUUGCCAACACAUGGAAGGUCAAAGCAACAUGUCCUGAUGUGAAAGCUGUUCUAGAAGAUCCCUGCGCUCUUAGCAUCCUCAAAGAAAAAUUUGCCAAAAACUGGUGCCUCCUUUUGUCAGACCCCACUGGAAUGUUUUCCGCUUGUCAUUCUAAGAUCAACCCAGAAGACUAUGAAAACGCCUGUGUUUAUGACACAUGCGCCUGUGAAAACAGUGAAGACUGCAUGUGUGCCGCCAUCUCCUCCUACGUCCAUGCAUGCGCUGCUGAAGGCAUUUCGUUUGAUGGGUGGAGGAGCAACAUGUGCUCUAAAUAUACACAAGACUGCCCUUCCACCUUUGAGUAUAAGUACAAUAUGACAGGCUGUGGUCACACCUGUCGUUCUCUCAGUCAGCCUGACUUGACAUGUCCAAUGCAGUUCACCUUGGUGGACGGCUGUGGCUGUGCUGAAGGAACCUAUCUUGAUGAAAGUGGAGUGUGUGUCUCAGCCUCACAGUGCUCCUGCUACAUGGGCGACACUCCAGUACAACCUGGCCAGGUUGUCAUGGUCAGUGGACAAAGUUGCACCUGCCAUAGUGGGAAACUGAGCUGCAUUGGACAGCACACAAUUGAAACUUGUUCUGAUCCAAUGGUUUUCUUCAACUGCUCAAGUGCAAGUACAGGAGAAAAAGGAGCAGAGUGUCAAAACACCUGCCUGACUCUGGACACGGAAUGUAUGAGUACACAGUGCACUUCAGGCUGUGUAUGCCCUGAUGGCUUACUGUCAGACGGUAAAGGAGGUUGUGUAAAGGAGGAUGAUUGCCCCUGCUCGCACAAUGGAGAAUUGUACAACCCCGGACAAACAAUAACUGUAAACUGCAACACCUGCACGUGCAAAAGCAGAAACUGGGAGUGCACAGAGAAAGACUGUACCAGCACCUGUACAAUAUAUGGAGAGGGGCAUUACAUCACAUUUGACCAAAAGAGGUUCACCUUCAAUGGGGAUUGUCGCUACAUUUUUGCUCAGGAUUACUGUGGGAAUGACAUGGACGGUACCUUCAGGGUUUUGACUGAGAUGGUCUGCGCUGCGACUGAAAGUGUCUGCUCCACAGCUGUUAAGCUCUUCUUGGGGAAUACAGAAAUUAUUCUGUCAGAUGAAAGUGUCAAAGUUAUAAAGCAAAAGGAAGGCUCUGACGUACUUUUUAAAGUGCACACCAUGGGCUUGUAUCUUGUCAUUGAGGCAAAGAAUGGUCUUGUUCUAAUUUGGGAUAAGAAGACAACACUUAUGGUCAGACUGAGCUCAACAUUUAAGAGAAAAGUGUGUGGUCUCUGUGGAAACUUUGAUGGAAAUAUCAAGAACGAUUUUACCACCCAACGAAAAGAAGUUGUCACGGAUGCCACAGAGUUUGGAAACAGCUGGCGAGUGUCUACUGAAUGUCCAAAUGCGAACACAACAGAAAACGCCUGCAGUCUGUACUCGCACAAGAAAGCGUGGGCGCUAAAACACUGUGACAUCAUCAAAAGUGACGUGUUUGCUCUCUGCCAUUCCAAGGUGGAUCCCCAAAGCUAUUAUGAUGCUUGUGUGAGAGACACAUGUGCCUGCAAUACAGGAGGAGACUGUGAAUGUUUCUGCUCAACAGUUGCAGCCUACGCUGCAGCCUGCAAUGAGUCUGGAGUCUGUGUAAAAUGGAGAACUCCCACCAUUUGCCCUGUGUUCUGCGAUUUCUACAACCCUGAUGGAGAGUGUGAGUGGCAUUAUGCACCAUGUGGAAGACCAUGUAUGAAGACCUGCAGAAAUCCCUCAGGAACAUGUUACAGUGAACUUCCACCAUUAGAAGGUUGUUAUCCAAGUUGCCCCUCUGAAAGAUCAUAUUUGGAAGAAGUUUCAAUGAAGUGUGUGUCCAAAGAAGAAUGUGGCUGCUAUGAUGAUAAAGGGAAGCAUUAUAAAGAUGGAGAGCUCAUGCCUGCAAAUGAAAAUUGCUACAGUUGUUAUUGUUCUGUAACACAAACAGACUGUACCUAUGAUGUACACGCUUGCAAGUGUUUCUAUAAUAAUAUAUAUUUCAAGUAUGGAGAUGAAAUUUAUAAUACACAUGAUGGAAAUGGAACCUGCAUCACUGCUGUUUGUGGAAAGAAUGGAAAUAUUAUUAGAGAUUAUACACCUUGUCAAACUUUACCAACACCAUCAACAACAGUCUUUGUCUUUACCAGGAGCGAAACAACAACAGAAUUACCAAGUACAAAAAAUAGUCAUAAAACCUCUAGUAUCACAACUGAAGCUGUCUCAACUAUUUUAACUGUCACAGUACCAGGGUUUUCACAAAUAACUAGAACAACAAAACAGCUAUCAUCCUCAAUGCCACCAUUCUCCACAGUCAAAGAAAAAACAACUGUAACAAAGCAAAAAGAACUAAAUAGCAUACAAACAACACAAAAAACCACAUCAAAACCUAUAACACCUUCAAGAGUCACUGAAUCCACACCAGUCACAGUAAAUCCCUUAAAAACAACAACAGCGAAAACCAUGGUAGGCUCGUCUGCAGGAACUGUUAGCACAAUUGCAACUAUGCUGACAGAAAAACCUUUAUUAACCACAGAAUACCCAACAAAACCCAUGACUGUUGGUGACUGCUUUGUUUGCAAGUGGUCAAGUUGGAUAAAUAAUCAAUACCCUGGCACUGCAUCAACAGGUGGAGAUCGUGAAAUAUUUGAUAACAUUAAUGAUCCAGCUAUAGGUGCUUGUAAACAACCCAUUGACAUAGAAUGUCGUGCUGAGCAAUACAGAGAUAUACCUUUGAAAGACCUUGGUCAAAAGGUAACCUGUGACCUUAAACAUGGACUAAUUUGUAAUAAGGAAGACCAGGGUGGGCCUAGAUUUUGCCUUGAUUAUGAAAUACGGGUAAAGUGUUGCCAUUAUAUUUGCACAACAAACACAAAACAGACCUCAUUAACACCACCCACAACAUCAACAACAUUGAGUCACUCAACCUCAACUAAUGCAAUCACAGGGAAAACAACUGAAGAACAAAAAACAGUACCCCACACAAUAUAUAUCUCUGAAACAACAGCAACAUCCUCAACACCAAAAAUGAGCACAAGUACAGUUGUUUUUGAAACAACAACCACAGGGCCCCCAAGCAAAAUGACCACAACAUCUGAAGAGAACACUGCAACAGCUAGUACACCAUCUGUCAUUACAGAAACUUCAGGGAAAACCACAACAAAUCCCAUAUUUCCUGUUGAAUCCAAAACACCAAUAAUUAGUACAACUACAGGUGUUUUUGAAACAACCACAGUGCCCCCAAGCGAAAUAACCACACCUUUCGAAGUAAAUACUGCAACAACUAGUACACCAACUGUCAUUACAGUAACUACAGAGAAAACCACAACAAAUCCCAUAUUUACUGUUAAAUCCACAACAGAACAGCCCUCUGAAACUGCAGCAACAUACACAAUACCAAUAAUUAGUACAAAUACAGUUGUUUUUGAAACAACAACCACAGGACCGCCAAGCAAAACGACCACAACAUCUCAAGAAAUCACUGCAAAACCUAGUACACCACCUCUCAUUACAAUAACUACAGAGAAAACCACAACAAAUCCCAUAUUUACUGUUAAAUCCACAACAGAACAGCCCUCUGAAACUGCAGCAACAUACACAAUACCAAUAAUUAGUACAAAUACAGUUGUUUUUGAAACAACAACCACAGGACCGCCAAGCAAAACGACCACAACAUCUCAAGAAAUCACUGCAAAACCUAGUACACCACCUCUCAUUACAAUAACUACAGAGAAAACCACAACAAAUCCCAUGUUUACUGUUAAAUCCACAAUAGAACAGCCCUCUGAAACAAUAGUAACAUUCACAACACCAAUAAUUAGUACAAAUAAAGUUGUUUUUGAAACAACAACCACAGGACCGCCAAGCAAAACGACCACAACAUCUCAAGAAAUCACUGCAAGACCUGGUACACCACCUCUCAUUACAAUAACUACAGAGAAAACCACAACAAAUCCCAUGUUUACUGUUAAAUCCACAACAGAACAGCCCUCUGAAACAAUAGUAACAUUCACAACACCAAUAAUUAGUACAAAUACAGUUGUUUUUGAAACAACUACCUCAGAACUCCCAACAACACCUAUUACAACUAUUGGUGACUGCUUUGUUUGCAAGUGGUCAAGUUGGAUAAAUAAUCAAUACCCUGGCACUGCAUCAACAGGUGGAGAUCGUGAAAUAUUUGAUAACAUUACUGAUCCAGCUAUAGGUGCUUGUAAACAACCCAUUGACAUAGAAUGUCGUGCUGAGCAAUACAGAGAUAUACCUUUGAAAGACCUUGGUCAAAAGGUAACCUGUGACCUUAAACAUGGACUAAUUUGUAAUAAGGAAGACCAGGGUGGGCCUAGAUUUUGCCUUGAUUAUGAAAUACGGGUAAAGUGUUGCCAUUAUAUUUGCACAACAAACACAAAACAGACCUCAUUAACACCACCCACAACAUCAACAACAUUGAGUCACUCAACCUCAACUAAUGCAAUCACAGGGAAAACAACUGAAGAACAAAAAACAGUACCCCACACAAUAUAUAUCUCUGAAACAACAGCAACAUCCUCAACACCAAAAAUGAGCACAAGUACAGUUGUUUUUGAAACAACAACCACAGGGCCCCCAAGCAAAAUGACCACAACAUCUGAAGAGAACACUGCAACAGCUAGUACACCAUCUGUCAUUACAGAAACUUCAGGGAAAACCACAACAAAUCCCAUAUUUCCUGUUGAAUCCAAAACACCAAUAAUUAGUACAACUACAGGUGUUUUUGAAACAACCACAGUGCCCCCAAGCGAAAUAACCACACCUUUCGAAGUAAAUACUGCAACAACUAGUACACCAACUGUCAUUACAGUAACUACAGAGAAAACCACAACAAAUCCCAUAUUUACUGUUAAAUCCACAACAGAACAGCCCUCUGAAACUGCAGCAACAUACACAAUACCAAUAAUUAGUACAAAUACAGUUGUUUUUGAAACAACAACCACAGGACCGCCAAGCAAAACGACCACAACAUCUCAAGAAAUCACUGCAAAACCUAGUACACCACCUCUCAUUACAAUAACUACAGAGAAAACCACAACAAAUCCCAUGUUUACUGUUAAAUCCACAAUAGAACAGCCCUCUGAAACAAUAGUAACAUUCACAACACCAAUAAUUAGUACAAAUACAGUUGUUUUUGAAACAACAACCACAGGACCGCCAAGCAAAACGACCACAACAUCUCAAGAAAUCACUGCAAGACCUGGUACACCACCUCUCAUUACAAUAACUACAGAGAAAACCACAACAAAUCCCAUGUUUACUGUUAAAUCCACAACAGAACAGCCCUCUGAAACAAUAGUAACAUUCACAACACCAAUAAUUAGUACAAAUACAGUUGUUUUUGAAACAACUACCUCAGAACUCCCAACAACACCUAUUACAACUAUUGGUGACUGCUUUGUUUGCAAGUGGUCAAGUUGGAUAAAUAAUCAAUACCCUGGCACUGCGUCAACAGGUGGAGAUCGUGAAAUAUUUGAUAACAUUACUGAUCCAGCUAUAGGUGCUUGUAAACAACCCAUUGACAUAGAAUGUCGUGCUGAGCAAUACAGAGAUAUACCUUUGAAAGACCUUGGUCAAAAGGUAACCUGUGACCUUAAACAUGGACUAAUUUGUAAUAAGGAAGACCAGGGUGGGCCUAGAUUUUGCCUUGAUUAUGAAAUACGGGUAAAGUGUUGCCAUUAUAUUUGCACAACAAACACAAAACAGACCUCAUUAACACCACCCACAACAUCAACAACAUUGAGUCACUCAACCUCAACUAAUGCAAUCACAGGGAAAACAACUGAAGAACAAAAAACAGUACCCCACACAAUAUAUAUCUCUGAAACAACAGCAACAUCCUCAACACCAAAAAUGAGCACAAGUACAGUUGUUUUUGAAACAACAACCACAGGGCCCCCAAGCAAAAUGACCACAACAUCUGAAGAGAACACUGCAACAGCUAGUACACCAUCUGUCAUUACAGAAACUUCAGGGAAAACCACAACAAAUCCCAUAUUUCCUGUUGAAUCCAAAACACCAAUAAUUAGUACAAAUACAGUUGUUUUUGAAACAACAACCACAGGACCGCCAAGCAAAACGACCACAACAUCUCAAGAAAUCACUGCAAAACCUAGUACACCACCUCUCAUUACAAUAACUACAGAGAAAACCACAACAAAUCCCAUAUUUACUGUUAAAUCCACAACAGAACAGCCCUCUGAAACUGCAGCAACAUACACAAUACCAAUAAUUAGUACAAAUACAGUUGUUUUUGAAACAACAACCACAGGACCGCCAAGCAAAACGACCACAACAUCUCAAGAAAUCACUGCAAAACCUAGUACACCACCUCUCAUUACAAUAACUACAGAGAAAACCACAACAAAUCCCAUGUUUACUGUUAAAUCCACAAUAGAACAGCCCUCUGAAACAAUAGUAACAUUCACAACACCAAUAAUUAGUACAAAUACAGUUGUUUUUGAAACAACAACCACAGGACCGCCAAGCAAAACGACCACAACAUCUCAAGAAAUCACUGCAAGACCUGGUACACCACCUCUCAUUACAAUAACUACAGAGAAAACCACAACAAAUCCCAUGUUUACUGUUAAAUCCACAACAGAACAGCCCUCUGAAACAAUAGUAACAUUCACAACACCAAUAAUUAGUACAAAUACAGUUGUUUUUGAAACAACUACCUCAGAACUCCCAACAACACCUAUUACAACUAUUGGUGACUGCUUUGUUUGCAAGUGGUCAAGUUGGAUAAAUAAUCAAUACCCUGGCACUGCAUCAACAGGUGGAGAUCGUGAAAUAUUUGAUAACAUUACUGAUCCAGCUAUAGGUGCUUGUAAACAACCCAUUGACAUAGAAUGUCGUGCUGAGCAAUACAGAGAUAUACCUUUGAAAGACCUUGGUCAAAAGGUAACCUGUGACCUUAAACAUGGACUAAUUUGUAAUAAGGAAGACCAGGGUGGGCCUAGAUUUUGCCUUGAUUAUGAAAUACGGGUAAAGUGUUGCCAUUAUAUUUGCACAACAAACACAAAACAGACCUCAUUAACACCACCCACAACAUCAACAACAUUGAGUCACUCAACCUCAACUAAUGCAAUCACAGGGAAAACAACUGAAGAACAAAAAACAGUACCCCACACAAUAUAUAUCUCUGAAACAACAGCAACAUCCUCAACACCAAAAAUGAGCACAAGUACAGUUGUUUUUGAAACAACAACCACAGGGCCCCCAAGCAAAAUGACCACAACAUCUGAAGAGAACACUGCAACAGCUAGUACACCAUCUGUCAUUACAGAAACUUCAGGGAAAACCACAACAAAUCCCAUAUUUCCUGUUGAAUCCAAAACACCAAUAAUUAGUACAACUACAGGUGUUUUUGAAACAACCACAGUGCCCCCAAGCGAAAUAACCACACCUUUCGAAGUAAAUACUGCAACAACUAGUACACCAACUGUCAUUACAGUAACUACAGAGAAAACCACAACAAAUCCCAUAUUUACUGUUAAAUCCACAACAGAACAGCCCUCUGAAACUGCAGCAACAUACACAAUACCAAUAAUUAGUACAAAUACAGUUGUUUUUGAAACAACAACCACAGGACCGCCAAGCAAAACGACCACAACAUCUCAAGAAAUCACUGCAAAACCUAGUACACCACCUCUCAUUACAAUAACUACAGAGAAAACCACAACAAAUCCCAUGUUUACUGUUAAAUCCACAAUAGAACAGCCCUCUGAAACAAUAGUAACAUUCACAACACCAAUAAUUAGUACAAAUACAGUUGUUUUUGAAACAACAACCACAGGACCGCCAAGCAAAACGACCACAACAUCUCAAGAAAUCACUGCAAGACCUAGUACACCACCUCUCAUUACAAUAACUACAGAGAAAACCACAACAAAUCCCAUAUUUACUGUUAAAUCCACAACAGAACAGCCCUCUGAAACAAUAGCAACAUACACAAUACCAAUAAUUAGUACAAAUACAGUUGUUUUUGAAACAACAACCACAGGACCGCCAAGCAAAACGACCACAACAUCUCAAGAAAUCACUGCAAAACCUAGUACACCACCUCUCAUUACAAUAACUACAGAGAAAACCACAACAAAUCCCAUGUUUACUGUUAAAUCCACAACAGAACAGCCCUCUGAAACAAUAGCAACAUUCACAACACCAAUAAUUAGUACAAAUACAGUUGUUUUUGAAACAACAACCACAGGACCGCCAAGCAAAACGACCACAACAUCUCAAGAAAUCACUGCAAGACCUGGUACACCACCUCUCAUUACAAUAACUACAGAGAAAACCACAACAAAUCCCAUGUUUACUGUUAAAUCCACAACAGAGCAGCCCUCUGAAACUGCAGCAACAUCCACUGCACCAAAAGUUAGUGCAAAUACAGUUGUUUUUGAAACAACAACCACAGGACCGCCAAGCAAAACGACCACAACAUUUGAAGAAAACACUUCAACAACCAGAAGACCAUCUGUCAUCACAGUAACUACAGAGAAAACAACAAUUCCCAUAUUUACUGUUAAAACCACGACAGAACAGGCUUCUGUAGCAACAUCUACAGCACCAAUAAUUAGCACCAGUACAGUUGUACCUUCAGCAUCUUCAACUCUUGGCAGAACCACGCCGUGUUCUUGCAAGUACUUGAACCAGACCUACUAUCCAGAUAGCCACAUAUACAACAAGACUGAUAAAGGAGGCUGGUGCUUUAUUGCACAUUGCAGUUUGACAUGUAAAAUUGAAUAUAUUUUCCAACCAUGUAAUGUUACAACCCCACCACGUCCCCCGACUUCACCAAGUUUUCCAAUCAGCACCGCAAGCUCUUCCACACCAGUUCAUGGUCGCACAACGACAUCCAGAGUAUCACUAGACUGCUUGUUCCUCAAACCACCCAGGAAGAAUGGGGAAUCCUGGAAGUCAGACAAAUGCACCACAGAAAAAUGCGAGAAUGGCAAAGUCAUCCUAAACCAUGUACCAUGUAAACAAGUAACUAUUCCUGUUUGUGAAAAUAACCAGCCACCGGUGAGGGUUUACGAUGAAGGAGGUUGUUGUUUCCACUAUGAAUGCAGAUGUGUAUGUUCUGGCUGGGGAGAUCCUCAUUAUCAGACUUUUGAUGGCGAAUAUUACAGCUUCCAGAAAAACUGCACCUAUGUCUUAAUCAAAGAGAUAAUACCACGACAUAAUUUUAAGAUUCAUAUCGACAACGAAAACUGCAAUCCCUCUGGAACUGUGACCUGUGCUAAAGCUUUGAACAUUUUUUAUAAAAAUGAUAAUAUAACUCUUACACAAAAGAGAGGACUAAAAACUGUAAACAUGGUUUUCAUCAAUGGUAAACAAGUGACUCCAGCCUACUCAACCAAAGAUCUCAUCAUCACAAGCACUGCAAUUGAACUUCUUUUGAAGAUCCCUGAAAUUGAAGCCGUUGUGACAUUCAAAGGACUUUUAUUCAGUGUCGAACUGCCAUUUUCUCUUUUCUAUGGAAACACAGAGGGACAAUGUGGUACCUGCGAUAAUAACAGGAAAAAUGACUGCAGAUUACCUGAUGGAAGUAUUCACCCACUCUGCUCUGAGAUGGCAUUUGAGUGGCGUGUACCUGACAGCAGCAAGCCAUAUUGCAAUGUGAAACCUCCUGUAGUUAAUCCCCCUCCUGGACCAACUCCAUCAUCUUGCAAACCUGAAAUCUGUGACAUUUUAAUGAGCAAGGUGUUUGAGGAAUGCCACAAAAAAAUUCCACCAAAAGCAUUUUAUGAGGCCUGUAAAUUUGAUGUUUGCCACAUGUCAAAUAUCUCUGCGGGCUGUUCCAGCCUGGAGGCAUAUGCCCUGAUGUGUGCUGAGAUAUCUGUUUGUGUGUCAUGGAGGAAAGCUACAAAUGGCAAAUGUGAAUACAAGUGUCCACAAAAUAAAGUCUACAAGCCUUGUGGGCCAACUGUUGUACCCACCUGCAAUGCAAGAUACAAUGAAAAGUCCCUGCAGCAGUGCCAGGGGGAGGGGGAUGACCAGAACACAGGUUGCACUCAAUUCAUGGAGGGAUGUUUCUGCCCAGAUGGAAUGACUCUAUUCAGUCCAACAUCCGACAUCUGUGUCUCUUCCUGUUGCACUGGUCCUGAUGGCCAGCCUAAGCAGCUUGGUGAGAAGUGGCAGGUCGGUUGCAAGCAGUGUGUUUGUGACAGCAACACUCAAAGUGUUGAGUGUAGGCCUCUGGCGUGCCCGAAUCAAGAACCGAUAAAGUGCACAGAGGAUGGUGAGGUGUUGGUAAAUCGAACAGUUGACUGCUGUGAAAGACUGACAUGCGAGUGUGAUAAGAACAGCUGCUCUCCUCAAAGCCAAGAGUGUAAACUGGGAUUUGAACUGAAGGUUCAUGUCUCAAAUGAAAGCUGCUGUCCUGUCUUCAGCUGUGUGCCAAAGGGUGUCUGUGUCUACAAUGACACCGAGUACAAGCCUGAUAAAACGUUCUCCAAAAGCACAUGUGAAAUCUGCCACUGCACCGACAUCCAGGAUCCCAGCACCCAGCUGAACACCGUUGACUGUCAUCAAAAGGAGUGCUCUGACUCAUGCGAUAAGGGCUUUGUGCACAUGGAUCAGCCUGGCCAAUGCUGUGGAUCCUGUAUUCCAAUUGGUUGUGUUUUUUAUCCACCAGAAGGUUCUUCUCCUGUAGUUUUGGAGCCUUCUGAGUCAUGGUCCCCACCAAAUGAUAACUGUAUCAAGUAUGACUGCCAAAAGGUCAAUGGAGACUUCAUUGUUUCCAGAAACCAAACAACCUGUCCUGAAUAUGAUCCCGACAACUGCAUUCCAGGAACAGAGAAAACUGACGCAAAUGGCUGCUGCAAAACUUGUACUCCUCGCUACAGCUGUCAGUUGAACAGGACCACCACCUUCCUGGUGAAAGGGAACUGCAAAUCAAUUGAACCAGUGGAGCUCACAUCCUGUGAGGGAUCCUGUGGAGCCUCCUGGUCAAAGUAUUCAGUGGAGGAUGACAUGAUGAUGCAUUCUUGUUCCUGUUGUAAAGAACUGGCCACCAGUAAUAAGACUGUGGAGAUGAUCUGUGCUGAUGACAAUAAGCAGAGUCACACCUACAUUUUGGUGGAAGAGUGUGGCUGUGAAGAUGGAGAAUGUGAAGAGGAGGACGACAUGUCAACAGAGGAGAAUGAGGGGAAGGGAAAGAACAGAGAGUGGAAGAGGAAGAAUAAAUACAGGAAGAGAAAUAAUAAAAAGGAAGAGGGGAAGAAUAAAGAGGGAAAGAGAAAGAAUGAUGUGGAUGAGAGAAAUAAAAAAGAGAGGAAUGAAAAGAAUGAGUGGGAGAGAGGGAAUAAAGAGGGGAAGGAACAGAAUAAUGAGGGGGAUGGAAGGAAGAAAGAAGUGAAUGAAAAGAAUGAGGAGCUGGGAAGGAAGAAAGAGGGAAAGGAAAACAAUAAUGAGGGGGAGGGAAGGAAGGAAGAGGUGAAUGAAAAGGGGGAGGGAAGGAAGAAAGAGGUGAAUGAAAAGAAUGAGGAGAUGGGAAAGAAGAAAGAGGGGAAGGAAAACAAUAAUGAAGGGGAGGGAAGGAGGAAAGAGGGGAAGGAAGAAAGAGGGCAAGAAGAAAUAAGAAAGAAAUCUAAGCACAAUAAUGACCAUAAUUAAAACCAUAUAUCAGACCAAAAAACUCAGACUUUUGUGUCUAGCAACUCUACUCUUGCAAACAAAAAAGCACAACCGUGCUGGGUCUGAUUUUAUUUUAACUUCUCAAACCUGGAUUCGGGGCUUUCUCUGUUUUGUUAAGUUUUUUUUUUUUUGUUGCAUUUAAAAAUGUAAUGUUUCAAACUUUUCUCUACUAUGUCAUUAAAGAGCAAAUCAAAAGAAAA